GUCUCGUGUCAGCCCGUCAGGAACAGAGCGGAGAUCUCCCUGUCAGCCGCGGAAAUGUUCAAAACAGAGAAACUAAAAGCUUUGGUGAAUGAGCGACUGAAAGCCGCCGCCGAGGAAAUAUUCAGCCUCUUUGAAACAACUCUUAAAGACUACGAGGAGAUAGUUUUACGGUCACAGCAGGAGGUGGACCAGCAGCGGAGGAGGCUGACCGGGUGGAGAGGCCCCCUGCAGCUCUCUGUCCAGGAAGAGGACACUCCCUCUGAGCAGGAUCCCUGUGAGAAGAAGACUGACCUGUGUGAGGAUGACCAGGAGCCUCCACAGAUUAAAGAAGAGCAGGAGGAGGCACUGUGGACCGCUCAGACAGGUGAAAAGCAGCAGGAGGGAGCUGAUACCAAAGACUCUAUGUUCAGUAUAAUUUACGUGCAAAGGAAUGAAGAAGAAGGCAGACAGCUCCCACAUCUAAACCAGAAGGUUGAGGAUAGGGGAGACAGUCUGCCCAGCAGCUCAUGUGAACAGUUGAAAUCUGAACCUGUUAAAGGAGACUGUGGUGCAUCAGAGCCAAACAGUGACUGUCAGAUGAGCGAAGUAAGUGACGAUGAAUUGAGAGACAGGAUAACACCACAGCAAGCUGGUGAGACAGCAGACAGACCGUACACCUGCAGCAUCUGCAACAAGAAUUUCAGGAUUAAAUCCAUUCUGACUCGCCACAUGAAGACACACACGGGAGAGAAACCCUACAGCUGCAGUGUCUGUGGUAAAAGCUUCAUCCAGCGCUCCUAUUUGCAGACUCACAUGAACUCUCACUCCGGACAGAAGCCGCACACGUGUAGCUUCUGUGGCAGAGGGUUCACACAAGUCGGAAACAUGAAUGCCCACAUACGAAUCCACACGGGAGAGAAACCUCACAGCUGCACUGACUGUGGUAAAAGUUUCAGAGAGAAGGCCGAUCUCGUCAAGCACACCAUAAUUCACACUGGUGAGAAACCUUACAUUUGCACUGUAUGUAAUAUGAAAUUUAGUGCUCAGUCUAAUUUAACGCGCCACAUGAAGACUCAUUCAGGGGAAAGGCCAUAUAGUUGCACUGCCUGUGGGAAAAGAUUUAUUCGGCGCUCACAUUUAAUUAUUCAUAUGAAGACGCACACAGGAGAGAAUCCCUAGAAUGGAGAAAUUAUAUUUGCUCUAUGGUGUUUACUUGAUAAUUUCCUAGUUAGAAUAAACUCAUAAAAUAAAAACUUUGUACAAACCAUUUUCUAUGUGUGUUGCUAGUUUUGUACUGAAGAAUGAAGGACUUGGCAAAAGGGAUGAGACUUGAGAACCAGUUUCAAAUUGUCCUAUUCACUGAUAUUCGCCUCCGAGCUUAUCAGUGCCUCUUAUCAAUGCUGGCAUGAUUUUAUGAUAGUUGCGCAUCGCAAAACAAUAUUGUCAAACUGAUGCUUCUAUGCUGCUGGAAACUUGUAAUAAAAAGGAAGCUACUGGCUUCCUUUUUGUGAAGAAAGAUGACAACAGUGCUGCGUGUAAUGUCUGUAAAAUUAUCAUUUUUGAUCAUCCUGUAAUCCCGGUUCCAAAUUAAACAAUAGAGCUUCUGCACACCUCAGACACAUGCAUGCCUUCUUUUAUUGUACUCUGCUUCCACACUGUAUGGCCAGGAAUCGAUAAGGGAAUCUAAAAAGAAACAGACUGAUAAGCAGAAUCAAUAACGGCAUUGAUAUCAGUGAAAUCUCAUCAGUUCCCGUCCCUGCUCAGCAAACUGAGACUGCAUGUUUCUCCAAGUGACAAUCAUUUGUGUUGGCUGCAGUCAUCAAAUUUAAUCUUUGUUGUUAAUUUCUUGUCAACAAGGCACUCCAAGUAAAGCAAGGCAGUUUUACCCUCUUCGAAAUCAUCAUCAGUUUGUCAGCAAUAUUCGUGGAUGAUCCAUUUUCUUAGUUAACUCCACCAAGGAGGUUAUGUUUUCAGUUCAGUUUGUUUAUUUGUUGGUUUAUUUGUCUGUUUGUCAGCAGGAUUACAGAAAAACUAGGUGGACAGGUGGGCCAGAGAAGAACCCGUUAAAUUUCAGAGCACUUCGAAUCACGGAGCGGACACACGAGCCAUCUUUCACUUUCGUUAACAUUGUAGAUCGCGAAUUUGGCCUUGGUAAAGAUCUGCACCUUCCAAGUGCCCUUCUAGUCACUAAAUCCCAAUAGAGAGAAAAGCUAACUAUCUCUCAAUACUUUCCAACUUCCCCCCCCUUUGACUCACCCCUGAGCCAAUAUAU